GAGAGGGGAGGGGAGUGAGCAGAUAGAGUAAAGCCAGCCACAGUGCCAGACAGUCGGCUUGAGCUGCGACCCAGUGGAGGUGAUGAUGGCGGCAGCUCUCGAGAGAGGAGGGCUUCGGGCCGCCUUCCUGAACCCAGGCAGCGGUGGUGGUGGCGGACCAGCACCGACAGCCGUCCCGGCUGGAGCGGGUGCCGGGGCGCUCGUCCUAGGUUCGGCUGGUAACGCCCCGAUGCCUGUUCCCAUGAACCUUUUUGCAACCUGGGAAAUAGACCGUUCUUCGCCAAGCUGUGUUCCGAGGCUCUGCAGUCUUACACUUAAAAAGCUGAUUGUCCUCAGAGAACUGGACAAAGAGCUCAACUCUGUUGUCAUUGCAGUCAAAAUACAGGGCUCCAAGCGUGUCCUGCGGUCAAAUGAGUAUGUUCUCCCCCCCAGUGGUCUCAUGGAGACGGACCUGGAACUCACCUUCUCCCUACAGUACCCCCAUUUCCUGAAGAGGGACGCCAACCGGCUUCAGAUCAUGCUGCAGAGACGGAAGCGCUACAAAAACCGCACCAUCCUGGGCUAUAAGACACUUGCGGUGGGGGUCAUCAACAUGGCCGAGGUGAUGCAGCAUCCUACGGAAGGAGGCCAGAUCCUAGGUCUCCAUAGCAACGUGAAGGAGGCUCCGGCCCGCAUGGCCGAGAUCAGCGUGUUCUCUCUGUCCAGCCAGCCGAUCGACCACGAGGAUAGCAGCGGCCAGGCCGGGCCCAAAACCAAGACCUCAGAUCGCUCUCCUGAUAUGGAUAACUAUUCUGAGGAGGAUGAUGACAGUUAUUCCUCAGAACAGGAGGCCAGUGACGAUGCGGUGCAUGGACAGGACAUAUACGAUGAGGAUGAUGAGGUACGGAAGCCGAAGAAGUCACGGAGGAAAAUGAUCAGAACAACCUCGAUGACAAGGCAACCCAACUUCAAGCAGAAGUUUGUGGCCUUACUCAAGAGGUUCAAGGUGACUGACGAGGUUCUGGACUCCGACCCGGUGGACCAGACCCAGGAGGUGGAGGAGGAUCUGGACCUGCUGUACGACAGCCUGGACAACCAGAGCGACAGUGGCCCCGAGAUGGAGGACAACGAGAGCGUCAUGAGCACACCCAAACCCAAACUCAAGCCGUUUUUUGAGGGCAUGUCCCACUCCAGCUCCCAGACGGAGAUCGGCAGCCUGCACAGCCAGAGGAGUCAGCCUCGCGACCGCAGCUGCGCAAGUGCUGACUUGUUAUCGGUGGCAAAGUGUAAGCCUUCAGGGACUCGGCACCAGGAGGACAUCAACAUGGAUUCUCCAACAGGGGAGGUGGAUGUGGAGGACUUUGGGCCCGUGGUUGGGGAGGUCACCAGCAGCUGGGAGGUGAACGCUGAGCGCCUGGCCAACACUGUGAGCAAACUCUGCAAGAUGGAGUCCCAGAACCACAUGUCGCCCAGUAAACUGGAGAGCCGCAUGCAGCGUCGCGCCCGCAGCACCUCCAUGAAGGACCGGCAGAACUCGCGCACCCAGAGCGAGCGGAACACCAGCAUGGACAGCGAGUGCUCCCCAGAGGCCCGGCUGGUCACACAGGUACCCAGGAAGUCGGUGUAUGACCAGCUGAACCAGAUCCUCAUCUCAGACGAGCGCCUUCCCGAGAGCAUCAUCCUCAUUAACACAGUGGACUGGCAAGGCCAGUAUGUGGCUGGUGUCCUGCAUAAGCAGAAUCGGCCCAUUGUGUCCACUUGCUCCGCUGCAGACGUGCAGGCUGCCUUCAACACCAUUGUGACCCGCAUCCAGAGAUUCUGCAACUGCAAUGCCCAGACGCCGCCCACCAUCAAGGUCGCCGUGGCGGGAGACCAGAGCUACCUCAGCACGGUGCUGCGCUUCUUCGUGGAGCAGCUGGCCAACAAGACGCCCGAUUGGCUCAGCUACAUCCGCUUCCUGGUCAUCCCCAUUGGAUCCCAUCCGUUGGCAAAGUAUGUGGCGUCGUUGGACAGCAAGUUCAACAGCAUCUUCAUGGACACGGCGUGGAGGGAGCUUUUCUGCAGGCCAGAACCGCCCUCCACAGAUAAUCUUGAUGUGGCUGGAAGGAUUAUCCAGUACCUGGCUGGUGCCAAUGUGUCCCAUCAAUUCCCAAUCUCAGAGGCCAUGCUUACCUACAAACAAAAGAGGAAGCGAAGCUUGUAUUUUGAUUUUUACAUCAGCCCUGACGAGGACUCUUGCCAAAAAUUUGUGCCAUUUAUCGGGGUUGUGAAAGUAGGCAUUGUCGAGCACAGCCUCUCCACAUCAGUGGACUCGGAUGAUGCAAUGGGCACUUCUCCGUCCCCCCAAUUUGUUGUCCCCCACGGGAAGGAGAUGUGUGGAACGCCCCCUCCCUCGCCCUCCGUGUCAGCCGGUCUGUCUGGAGCUGGUUCUCCGUACGUGGGCGGCGAGCUGAUGGGCCUGCAGGUGGACUACUGGACAUGGCAGGGCCCGGAGAAGAAGCGGGAUGGCGAGAAAAGGGAGGUGGGCCUCAAGAACACGCUCAAGAGCAACUUCCGUUCGCUGCAGGUCAGCCGGCUGCCCUGUGGUGGGGAGCUCACACCGCCGCCCGGUAUGGCCAUGACCGUGGUCACCAAGGAGAAGAACAAGAAGGUGAUCUUCCUCAGUAAGAAGCCCAAGGAGAAGGAGUUGGACACCAAGAGCCAGGUGAUUGACGGCAUCAGCAGGCUGAUCUGCACGGCUAAGCACCAGCACACCAUGCUCAGAGUGUCCAUUGAUGGAGUCGAGUGGAACGACGUGAAGUUUUUCCAGCUGGCCGCUCAGUGGCCCACCCACGUCAAGCACUUCCCUGUGGGCCUCUUUGGCUACAGCAAGCCCAUGUGACCUUACCUGACAUCCUCCAGCAUCUCCACACUCUGUCCUGGGCUCAGAGAGAGAGAGAGAGAGAGAGAGAGAGAGAGAGAGAGAGAGAUGGACAGACAGACAGACACAGGGAGAGAGGGAGGGAGAGAGAGAGUGGGGAAAGGAUCGAUGGAGAUAGGAGAGAAGCCAACUCAUCGGAACAGUAAAAUGGGUUCCCAUGGAAGCCUUUUGCUGCUGCAAAAGUGUUGUCAGAAACACAAUUUUUUUCAUCAUUGUUAUUAUUGUUGUUCUGUUCAUUAUUUUUUAUGUUUUUUUUUACACUAUAUGGACAGAUAUAAAGUAAUAUUUUGUAUGUAUGAAUCAUGCUGCCUCCUCUAAGAACAAGUUUUUUUUGUUUAUUUUUGAGUUUCGACAAACGGCCACCUUAAGAUGAUGGCAGCUGUGUUUGCACUUUGUGUUUUUGUUUUUGCUCAUCCAUUUGUCACCUAUUAUUAAUAUUAUCAUUUCCAUGAAAUCCUGUGUGUAACGCUGUCAUGUACGCAGUGGAAAGUAGAGCGUUCUGAGGAAGUAAGGAACUUGAAAGUGGUGUGUAUGUGGCUGUGUGUGUCGGUGUAGUUGGUUUGGUGUUCAAAAAUAAGGAAUAUUGCUGUGAAUUUAGAUAGGGACUCCUUCACCUUGAUGCAGUGCGCUGUUUUUCUACCUUUAUCCUGAAUUUUAUUUUUAAAUGAUGUUUGUUAAUUUUCUUGUUGUUUGUUUUCUUUUGAAUAUGAGAUCUAAUGUAUUGACCGGCCUUUUGUAUUUUUAAAGCACAUUGUGAACUAAAAUUGAAAAAUAUACAGUAUAUCCCUGUAAAAUCCCCCUUGAAAACUAAUCAGAACUUGAGGUAUCGGUCAGGGUCAACAGACAAAACUCAGACACAAAGCAUGUAAUGUGAAUCCCGCCAAACAGGAGUAGUGGCCAUCUGAAUCAUGUGUUAUAUGAAGGCAUUUUGUGCUGUUUAAUGUCUUUAGCCUGAGUCCACCCUGCCCCUGCAGCAAGGCCAUUUACUGCAGGAAGGUUAAACAUGCCUGAAAAGCGCAACGUAGCCUCCUACACGCUGCAGCACCUCAAUCUGUCUGUUCAAUGACUUCAAAGCUUAAUGCCAAAUUACUAUUCCCUUUAGUAUGAAUACACUAUGUAUCCAUCAUAUAUUGUCUCCAGUUACAGUCAGAUUUUUCCUGGGGCAACAUGUGAAAGAUGUAUAUCUUUAAAUGCAGUAUUCAUAUGGGGACAUUACUAGUUUUGCACAAUGAAUCUUGGCUUUAGCUUUAGGGAGUGUUUAAACCUUCAUAUUCACCACUCAUCAAAUUGCAAUUAUAUGUGGAUUGUCAUAUCUGUAUAACCUGAUGUCAUUUGCUAUUAUACCAUAGUUAAACUUCGUAGCAAAAUUGAACAAGUAGACACAGUGUAUGCAUAGGCCAUUACAUUCCAUUUGACAAUUCAUAGGUACAAUGCCUCCCUCUAGUGGUGUAAAGAAUUUCAACACAUUAGAAGAGGCAAAGGGGAAAGGCAUUUUCUUUUCAAAUCUGGAUUCUGCCAUUUCAAAGGAAUGUGCUGGCCAUUGCUAUAUCACUUAAAUAUUGAUGGAGGAAUGCAAGCACCGCAUGUUACAGGAUGUAAAAUAGGCUCAUCUGAUAGGCUCAUAUGAAAUGAUGGGUUUCCACUAAAGCGGCAUUCUACUUGUAACAUCACAUUCUAUCAAGUGGGUUUAUAACUUAUACAGUAUCAACGACAAUGCAUGCAUUAGUACUCAGUAACACACUCAUAAACGAAGGCUGAAUACCUUUAAAACUCAAAGUGUAUGAGGCAACUUGGAAAUGUGGUCAUAGUGUUUGUCCUUAUUGGCUGUCAGUUCUUUGGAAGAUACUUCUUUAAAAGUAUUUUCAGGGGGGAAACUGGCGUGUUUUAAACUUUGAAAUGAUUUGACAAACAGGACACUGGUGAGCUGGCCACAGUCAGAUGUGAAUGAUACUGCCCAUGCUGAAGUUUAUUGCUGAUUUGUAUGUACGUUGUUGUCCACACGAUGGUGCUCCUGUUGUAGGUCUCAGGUGGAGUCUAUGGGGUUUUCUCAUCUUUUUGUCUAUCCUCCCUCCCUCCAGUCUUAGCCCCUCCUUCUAAUUCAUUUUGUGAAGGAACGAUAAGAGAAUGGAGGAAUGGGAGAGACCAUCUUCCUAUCGUUCCUUCACAAAAUUAAUUAGGAGAGGUAAGACUGGAGGGAGGGAGGAAGGAAGGGAGGGAGAAUAGACAAAAAAACACAGAGAAAACCCUUAAGACUGCACACUGGGUGUUUGUUGUGUCCUUGACUUUGGUGAAGUUUGUAUGUUUGUGACUUACGAGGAGCCACUUGGCUUACUUACAGUUCUAAUUUUGUGGUCUUGUUGGAAUGGUGUUCCGUGUGUGGCACUUCUGCCCAAAUGUUUUUUUUUUCUUUUUGUGAAGCACAAGUAACUAUAUAUCUAUACAUAUUCAGCUCUUUAGUCAUGCAAUUAAUUGUCAUGCCAAAUAAUUGACUUAUCUGACAGUGUGGAGGACUAACUCACUCCAGAUUGGUGUGUUGUAAAUGCACAGUAUACAUUUUCACUGAUAGGUGAUAUUUGGCCAACUACCAGAUUUGAUUGACUCUAAACCCGGUAAGAGUCAAUAACAAGCACAGGCUCAUGUUGUCUGUGACCAGCCUUUUGUGGCUACCGGUAAUCUUAACAUACUGAGCAGAACCACUAUUCACUAGUCGCUGACCUUAACAUCUAGUUCCUUCACAAGGUAUAUCAGUCCUAGUGUGUGUAUGUUUUUAUACAUUAGCAAAAAGGGACACCAUGCAUUGUGUGACAGUUCCAUUAUAUGAUUGAAUGGUCCAACAGGGAUAAUUACAAUCCUUGAAGAAAUGACUUUAGAUGGGGAGAGAUGGUACGGAUUCUAAAACUGAGCAAUAUGAAUUAAGGUUACUUUAGUGUAGAGGAAAGUGAUAUCAAAUUCAUCAAGUAACAAGUAACUUUGGUGAUGGAAAGUGACAUACUGGAACAGCAAGUGUUUGCCACAAUUUGUUUCUUUCUUUUUUUCCCCCUCUCCAGUUCUUUGGAGUGAAUGUCUGUGCACAUCGUAUUCUCAUGUUACCUUUGGCGUUAUGUUGCUUUAAAGCAAUAUCUAAAGUAUUGAGGAGUCCCUGGCCCCACCUGUGUUUCAUAGCCUGUUAUAAGGGCGUUAAUCGAAACAGAAGGAUUAUUGAAGUUCAAUCUCUGAACCCAUCUUCUCUUGUUUGGAGAUGGUAGCAGGCAUCUUUGCACAAAUAUUCUUUUAAAUUAUAGAAGUAUAUGACAGUAUUUUUAAAAAUGAAACAUACCACUAAAAACAUGGUUUAACCUUUGCAUGUUUUGUGAUAGUUGUACAUACAUAUUGGAAUUUUGUAUUGUUUUUCCCCCAUGCGCUCACAAAAGCAAUUGUGUUUAAUAAAGAAAAAUGUUUGUAACCUUC